AUGAACAAAUAUUUCUUUUCAUUCUUUUAUUCAUUUUUGUUCUUUGAGUCUUCUUAUUCAUUUUUGUUCCCGGACUUUCCUCACUCAAUCGAAUAUUCUACUUUUCUUACUAAUAGAUCGUCGUUAUUUCAGAAAUUUUUGGGUGAUGAUCUAUCAUUCAAAUUCGUUGUUGAAAUUGUUGUGCCGGUAUUUUGUAGUCGUUUGUCUGAAUUCUCGGAUCUUGCUUGCAAGAAGGAUGUUGAUUGCGCAUGUUGCGGUAUGACCAAUGUGGUCGUUAUCGGAAAUUCCUGUCAAUGUGAUACGAAGUACCCGUGCAUAACUUCCUUCACUAUCUUGGAGAGGUUUAGACGUUCACCUGGAAAAUUAGGUACGAAAUCAAAUAAGGAUAUGAAGAAAACUGACAAGAAAACUGACAAGAAAACUGACCCUGAAGUGGAUAAGCGAUUGCCAAACACACCUGCCGAGACGCCAGGAUCGGACACUAGACUUAUUUAUGGAGAUUUGUCCCGCAAUAAACUCUAUAAGGAUCCUGUUAAGAAACGUGUAGUUACUAAUAGGGAUUCUUGGUUCGAUCGUGGGUUGACUGCUAUUGGCUUAGUCAAUAAUAUGGCUGGUGUUAUUGUUAAUUAUUAUUCCAUUCAGCAAACUCAUCAGGACGCAAAGCUUGCUCUUUCGUUAGAACAGAGUAAGUUUAAUUCUACUAUGGCAUCAGUAAGUAACAGUUCUAGACCUGAACCGUUUGUUCGUAGUUAUGUUAAAGAUCAAGAUCAAAGAGCAAGUAAUGUUACCACUGCGUCAAAAAGUCUUCUUAAUAGGGCGAAGAUUUUGGCAUAUUAUUGCUUAAUAAAUAGUGUUAACAUUACGGAUUACGUUGAGUACGAUGAAAAAUUUUAUAUUAGUGGUCUUACCCACCCGAACGUUUCUGAAAUAUAUACACAAGCUCCAAAAUUUAGUCCUCCAGUUUUAGAAGAUUAG